AUGGAUAGUUGCGGAAGGAGUAGAACGGCAACGACACAACUAAUUGAAUUUUUACCACAACUUCAAAUAAAUAAUAAUAAAUCCACGGAGGAAAAUUUACCAUUUAAAUUAUGCGUAAUAGAUGAUGUAGGUUUGGAAAAAGAAGUUGAUAUACAAAAAUCACUGGAAGAAUUAAAAAUUCCAGUUAUCGGUACUGAUAUAAAUACCAAUUCCGUAUCGGUUUUAAUGGAUGCCGUUUACAAUUUCUUGCAAGAAUUUCAAUGGGAAAGAUUUGCCGUCAUUUACAGUAAUUCGAAAUUUAGUUCUUCUUUGGUUAAAAAUUUAAUAAAAUCAAUAAAAAAAAAUGAUUUUUGCAUACCUUGGAUGUUAAACGUGGAUGAGGAAGACAUCGGUGAAGAAUUACAAAAUGUCGUCAUUAAAUCUAAAAUUCCGUUAGUUUCUCUAUUGACAUCCGAAGAACAUUAUUUACUAUUUAAAAAUCUACCAAAGACGACGAAUAAUGACGAAGAAUUUUUUGAUAAAAAAAGAAGAUGGAAAAAUAUAAUUUUAUUCACCGACGUCGUUUCUCGUGAAGAUUUAAAAAUAAUUUCUAAUAAUAAAUCCAUGAGAGUUUUUUCCAUCGUGGCACAUCCUGAAAAAGAAAACAAUUUUGAAAAUUAUUUUAUGGAAAAUUCAAUUUUACCAGGAAUGGAAGACGAAUUAGAUUUGAUUGAAAGAACUAAAACGGUACAAAAAAUUAAAAAAAUAGGUGAAAGGAUUUCGAAAAGUUUAAUAAAAGCCGUUGAAAAAUUAUGUCACCCUACGGAAAAUCCAUGUACAAAUUUUUCAACAACUUCCGGUAGAGAAAUAAUAAAAAAUUUUCUUGACGAACCUGAUAAUUCCUGGUCUGAUAAUGAAAAAUCAUAUCAAUUAGUUGAAUAUUUAUUUCAAUUUUCCGAUAGUCAUGUUCAUUUACACAAGAAGUUUAUGAAAAUUUUUCUUCUUUAUCAAGUACUCGUUGUGAUAACGAAAACCUGUCCGAUCCAGAAUGUCGAUGUCUGGAAGCUAAAACGAUUUUUGACCAAACCUAUGGUUUAUUCGAGUCUUAGCGAUCCACUUACAGGUACAUUGGCAUGUUUAACACUUUUAGGUACAUUAUUAACUAUGGUAAUAUCACAAUAUUUUGCUACUUUUGCUGCUUUACCCAACGGAGGUCUUACAUCAGGUACUUCUGUUAUCGGCUAUGUCAUACUCAUUGGUUUGUUUUUACUUUUUUCAACAAACCUCAGCUUUUUGUUGACACCAUUAACGUCUAUUUGUGCAAUUAGAAGAUUUGCACCCAGUUUAUCGUAUGCUAUGAUAUUUUCCGGAAUGUUAAUUAAGAUUUGGACUUAUUUCCAGCAAAUCACACCUGGAAAAGCACAAGUUACAAAACCGUUCACCCUUUUGACUUAUUCUGGAAUAUUUACGUUAUUACAAGGCUUUAUUUCCAGUAUUUGGCUCAUUUUAAAGCCACCAGUAACAGAAUAUAAAAUGGGUCACUGGAUGUGUUAUCCUCCCAAUGGUUUAGAUUGUCAUUUAAUAUUGUCAAUGUCUUAUCCUAUUUUACUAUUAUUUGCAACCAUUGUUUUGUCAAUUCGUGUCUGUUCAAAAAGCAAUAAUGAUGAAUCUCGUUGGAUAUUAAUCAGUGCUUCACUCGUAUCAAUUAUAAUUAGCUUUUGGGCAGUAGCAAUAGGUACCGAAGUAUGGCAGAUGCAUCGGACAUCUUGUACAAAUUUAGCCGCAGCCACAAUAAUCCUCGUUUGUUUGUACUUCCCCAAAAUCAGAAUGCAUUCCAAAUUGAAAAAAGUUAAUAAAAUUCAAAAUAAUCCAUCGGUUCAUCCAUCGGAUAUCACAAAAAAUUGUUCAGGUAUGGCGACCAAUCCUCCUUUUCCAGUCGUUUUGGGAUAUAAUGUGGGUAACACACCUCCGCUAAUUACAGAAGAAAUAAUAGACUCUAAUUAUAUAAAUCAAGCGUAUUCGAUUGAUGAAAGUAGUGAAACUGCUUCUACACCUUUCGACAUAGAUUUAUCAUCUUAUUCCGACUUGGAUCAAGAAUCCCCUUAUACGUUUUCUACGUUUUUGGAAGAGCCACAGUCUAUAAAAUUAGUGUCUAAUGACACGAUUGACGAUCCCACUCAGAUUAUUCCUAGUGCUCUUUAUUCAAUUGACAUGUUCAAUACUGAACCUAUAGCCAUAACUUCUGAUCAUUGUCAGCCUGGUACUAACGAAUUCACACCACCUCAUAGGGCAACAAGUCAAUUGUAUUUAUGUCCUCAAACAGAUUGGGUUCCUUGA